AUGUGUGGAAUAACUGCAGACAUGACUACGUGGAGGAAGACCAAGUCGCUGCCGCUGCUGUUGCUAAUGCUGUUGCCGCUCCUGCUGCUUCUGGGCGCUGGGCUUGUCACUGCAGCGAAGGGUCAAAACUGUGGAGGAUUAGUCCAGGGUCCCAAUGGUACUAUUGAAAGCCCAGGAUUUCCUCAUGGCUAUCCAAACUAUGCCAACUGCACAUGGAUCAUUAUCACUGGAGAACGGAAUAGGAUACAAUUGUCAUUUCAUACAUUUGCUCUUGAAGAAGAUUUUGAUAUUUUAUCCAUUUAUGAUGGACAGCCACAGCAGGGCAAUUUAAAAGUCAGAUUAUCUGGAUUUCAGCUGCCAUCAUCUAUAGUGAGCACAGGAUCUAUACUUACUCUCUGGUUCACUACAGACUUUGCUGUGAGUGCUCAAGGUUUCAAAGCCCUUUAUGAAGUGCUACCUAGCCACACAUGUGGAAAUCCUGGGGAAAUACUUAAGGGAGUCCUCCAUGGAGCCAGAUUCAACAUAGGAGAUAAAAUUCGAUACAGCUGCCUUUCUGGAUAUGUCUUAGAAGGUCAUGCUAUGCUUACCUGCAUAGUUAGUCCUGGCAACGGUGCAUUAUGGGAUUUUCCAGCUCCAUUUUGCAGAGCUGAAGGCGCUUGUGGUGGAACUUUGAGAGGGACGAGUGGUGCCAUUUUUAGCCCUCAUUUCCCUUCAGAAUAUGACAACAAUGCUGACUGCACAUGGACAAUUCUUGCUGAGCCUGGAGAUACCAUUGCUUUGGUCUUUACUGACUUCCAGCUAGAAGAAGGUUAUGAUUUCUUAGAGAUCAGUGGGACAGAAGCACCAUCAAUAUGGCUGACUGGCAUGAAUCUUCCUUCUCCUGUUAUCAGUAGCAAGAAUUGGUUAAGACUCCAUUUCACAUCUGACAGUAACCAUCGACGAAAAGGAUUUAAUGCUCAGUUCCAAGUGAAAAAAGCAAUUGAGCUGAAGUCAAGAGGAGUCAAGAUGCUCCCCAACAAGGACAAUAACCAUAAAAAUUCUGUCUUGACUCAAGGGGGUGUUGCUUUAGUGUCUGACAUGUGUCCUGAUCCUGGAAUUCCAGAAAAUGGAAGGAGAACAGGUUCUGACUUCAGGGUGGGGGCAAAUGUCCAGUUCUCCUGUGAAGAUAAUUAUGUGCUUCAGGGUUCUAAGAGCAUAACAUGUCAGAGAGUCACGGAGACACUAGCAGCAUGGAGUGACCACCGGCCAAUCUGUCGUGCUAGAACAUGUGGUUCCAAUCUCCGUGGACCAAGUGGGAUCAUUACAUCACCUAAUUAUCCAGUUCAGUAUGAAGACAAUGCACACUGUGUGUGGGUCAUCACUACAACAGAUCCAGAAAAGGUCAUCAAGCUUGCCUUUGAAGAGUUUGAACUGGAAAGAGGCUAUGACACUCUAACAGUAGGGGAUGCUGGGAAAGUAGGUGACACUAGAACAGUGUUAUAUGUACUCACUGGAUCUAGUGUACCUGAUCUUAUCGUGAGUAUGAGCAAUCAAAUGUGGCUACACCUCCAGUCUGAUGACAGCAUUGGCUCCCCUGGUUUUAAAGCUGUUUACCAAGAGAUUGAUAAGGGAGGAUGUGGUGAUCCUGGAAUUCCAUCUUAUGGGAAAAGAACUGGCAACAGUUUCCUACAUGGAGAUACUCUUACUUUUGAAUGUCAGGCAGCUUUUGAAUUGGUGGGAGAGAGAGUUAUCACAUGUCAACAGAAUAACCAGUGGUCUGGCAACAAACCCAGCUGUGUUUUUUCCUGUUUCUUCAACUUCACUACUCCAUCGGGUAUUAUUCUUUCACCGAACUAUCCUGAGGAGUACGGCAACAAUAUGAAUUGUGUUUGGUUAAUUAUAUCUGAGCCAGGAAGUAGAAUUCAUCUCAUUUUUAAUGACUUUGAUGUGGAACCUCAGUUUGACUUUCUUGCUGUCAAAGAUGAUGGGAUGUCUGAUGUAUCAGUUCUUGGCACUUUUUCUGGAAAUGAAGUACCUUCCCAAUUGGCCAGCAGUGGUCACAUCGUACGCUUGGAGUUCCAAUCAGAUCAUUCCACAACAGGGAGAGGUUUCAAUAUCACUUACACUACAUUUGGUCAGAAUGAAUGUCAUGACCCUGGCAUUCCUAUAAAUGGAAGGCGUUUUGGUGAUCGAUUUCUCUUAGGAAGUUCUGUUUCUUUCCAUUGUGAUGAUGGCUUUGUCAAAACUCAAGGAUCAGAGUCCAUAACCUGCAUCAUGCAGGAUGGAAAUGUUGUUUGGAGCUCUACUGUUCCACGUUGUGAAGCACCAUGUGGCGGGCAUUUGACAGCAUCCAGUGGGGUUAUUUUACCACCAGGAUGGCCAGGAUAUUAUAAAGACUCUUUAAAUUGUGAAUGGGUCAUUGAAGCAAAACCAGGACAUUCCAUCAAGAUCACUUUUGAUAGAUUUCAGACAGAAGUCAAUUAUGAUACUUUAGAAGUUCGAGAUGGACCAGCUAAUUCAUCACCUCUGAUAGGAGAAUACCAUGGGACCCAAGCACCACAGUUCUUGAUCAGUACUGGCAACUACAUGUACCUACUAUUCACUACGGACAACAGUCGUUCAAGCGUUGGAUUUCUCAUUCACUAUGAAAGUGUAACACUAGAGUCAGAUUCCUGCCUUGAUCCAGGGAUCCCUGUGAAUGGUCAUCGCCAUGGUAAUAAUUUUGGCAUCAGGUCUACAGUGACUUUCAGUUGUGACCCAGGAUAUACAUUAAGUGAUGAGGAGCCACUUGUAUGUGAAAGGAACCAUCAAUGGAAUCAUGCACUGCCAAGCUGUGAUGCUCUAUGUGGAGGCUACAUUCAUGGGAAGAGUGGAACUGUACUUUCACCAGGGUUUCCUGAUUUCUAUCCAAACUCUCUAAAUUGUACCUGGACUAUUGAAGUGUCUCAUGGAAAGGGUGUUCAAAUGAUUUUUCACACUUUUCACCUGGAAAGCUCUCAUGAUUACCUGCUGAUUACAGAAGAUGGAAGUUUCACAGAGCCUGUUGCCAGGCUUACUGGUUCCGUGCUACCCCAUACAAUUAAAGCUGGUCUAUUUGGAAACUUCACUGCACAGCUUCGGUUUAUAUCCGAUUUCUCAAUUUCUUAUGAGGGCUUCAAUAUCACAUUUUCAGAAUAUGACUUGGAACCAUGUGAUGAUCCAGGUGUUCCUGCUUUCAGCCGAAGAAUUGGUUUUCACUUUGGAGUUGGGGAUUCUCUGACUUUUUCCUGCUUCCCAGGAUAUCGUUUGGAAGGUGCAACUAAGCUUACCUGCCUGGGUGGGGGCCGUCGUGUGUGGAGUGCACCUCUGCCAAGGUGUGUGGCUGAAUGUGGAGCAAGUGUUACUGGAAAUGAAGGAACAUUACUGUCUCCAAAUUUUCCAUCGAACUAUGACAACAACCAUGAGUGCAUCUAUAAAAUUGAAACUGAAGCUGGAAAGGGAAUUCAUCUUAGAGCCCGAAGCUUUCAGCUCCAUGAAGGAGAUGUGCUGAAGGUUUUUGAUGGAAAAGAUAGUGCCUCACGCCCUCUGGGAGCCUUUUCUAAAAAUGAACUGAUGGGAUUGAUCCUCAAUAGCACAUCUAACCACUUGUGGAUGGAAUUCAAUACAAAUGGAUCAGACACUGACCAAGGAUUUCAGCUAACUUAUACAAGUUUUGAUCUAGUAAAAUGUGAAGAUCCGGGAAUCCCAAAUUACGGCUACAAGAUUCGAGACGAAGGGCAUUUUACUGACACCCUCGUCCAGUACAGCUGUAAUCCUGGGUAUGCGAUGCAUGGGAGUAGCACCAUGACCUGCCUGAGUGGAGACCGCAGAGUGUGGGACAAGCCUUUGCCUUCUUGCAUUGCUGAAUGUGGUGGUCAAAUCCAUGCUGCCACAUCUGGGCGGAUUUUGUCUCCAGGUUACCCAGCACCUUAUGAUAAUAAUCUUCAUUGCACAUGGAUCAUAGAGGCAGAUCCAGGGAAGACCAUCAGUCUCCAUUUCAUUGUUUUUGACACUGAAAUGGCUCAUGACAUACUCAAGGUUUGGGAUGGUCCAAUAGAUAGCAACAUUUUCCUGAAAGAAUGGAGUGGGUCUGCUCUGCCUGAGGACAUCCAUAGCACCUUCAACUCACUGACCCUUCAGUUUGACAGUGACUUUUUCAUCAGCAAGUCAGGAUUUUCCAUUCAAUUCUCAACAUCUAUUGCAUCCACUUGCAAUGACCCUGGUAUGCCUCAGAAUGGCACUCGCUAUGGAGAUAGCCGAGAACCUGGAGAUACCAUAACUUUUCAAUGUGAUCCUGGAUAUCAGCUUCAAGGACAGGCUAAAAUCACUUGUGUGCAACUAAAUAACCGAUUCUUCUGGCAGCCAGACCCUCCUACAUGCAUAGCUGCAUGUGGAGGAAAUUUGACAGGUCCAGCAGGUGUCAUUUUAUCACCUAACUACCCACAACCAUAUCCUCCUGGGAAAGAAUGUGACUGGAGAAUAAAAGUAAACCCAGACUUUGUCAUAGCCCUGAUUUUCAAAAGUUUCAACAUGGAACCAAGUUAUGAUUUUCUUCAUAUCUAUGAAGGUGAAGAUUCCAAUAGUCCUUUAAUUGGGAGUUUUCAAGGUUCUCAGGCACCAGAAAGAAUAGAGAGCAGUGGAAAUAGUCUGUUUUUGGCUUUUCGAAGUGAUGCUUCAGUUGGCCUAUCUGGAUUUGCUAUUGAAUUUAAAGAAAAGCCCCGGGAAGCCUGUUUUGACCCUGGGAAUAUAAUGAAUGGGACAAGAAUUGGAACAGACUUUAAACUCGGCUCAACUGUGACUUAUCAGUGUGAUUCUGGUUAUAAGAUUGUUGAUCCUUCAUCCAUAACUUGUGUGAUUGGCGUAGAUGGAAAACCUGCCUGGAAUAGAGUCUUGCCAUCUUGCAAUGCUCCCUGUGGAGGACAGUACACUGGAUCAGAAGGGGUAGUUUUGUCACCAAAUUACCCACACAAUUACACAGCUGGUCAGAUGUGCCACUAUUCAAUAACUGUACCAAAGGAAUUUGUUGUGUUUGGGCAGUUUGCCUAUUUUCAGACAGCACUGAAUGAUUUGGCAGAAUUGUUUGAUGGAGCACAUCCACAGGCUAGACUUCUCAGCUCACUUUCUGGUUUCCAUUCAGGGGAAACACUGCCUUUGGCUACGUCCAAUCAAAUUCUAUUGCGGUUCAGUGCAAAAAGUGGUGCAUCUGCCAGGGGAUUCCAUUUUGUUUACCAAGCUGUUCCACGUACAAGUGAUACACAAUGCAGCUCUGUCCCAGAGCCUAGAUAUGGAAGGAGAAUUGGCUCUGAAUUUUCCGCUGGUUCAAUUGUUCGAUUUGAAUGCAACCCUGGAUAUCUACUUCAAGGCUCCAAAGCAAUCCGGUGCCAGUCAGUGCCUAAUGCAUUAGCUCAGUGGAAUGACACAAUACCAAGCUGUGUAGUUCCCUGCAGUGGCAAUUUCACACAAAGGAGAGGCACUAUCCUCUCCCCUGGUUAUCCUGAGCCAUAUGGCAACAACUUGAACUGCAUAUGGAAGAUCAUAGUCACAGAGGGAUCCGGAAUUCAGAUUCAAGUAAUCAGUUUUGCCACAGAACAAAACUGGGAUUCUCUCGAAAUCUAUGAUGGUGCAGAUAUGACUGCACCAAGACUUGGAAGUUUUUCAGGAACUACUGUGCCAGCACUGUUAAACAGUACCUCCAAUCAACUCUAUUUGCACUUUCAAUCAGAUAUUAGUGUGGCAGCAGCAGGCUUUCACCUGGAAUACAAAACUGUUGGCCUUGCAGCAUGCCAAGAACCAGUGCUUCCUAGCAAUGGCAUCAAAAUAGGAGAUAGGUACAUGGUGAAUGAUGUUCUCUACUUCCAGUGUGAGCCAGGAUACACAUUACAGGGUCGUUCUCAUAUUUCUUGUAUGCCAGGAACAGUUCGACGUUGGAAUUAUCCAUCUCCCCUUUGCAUUGCAAAAUGUGGUGGAACACUGAACAGCAUGACUGGAGUGAUCUUGAGUCCAGGUUUUCCUGGCGCUUACCCUAACAAUUUAGAUUGCACCUGGAAGAUCUCUUUGCCUAUUGGUUAUGGUGCACAUAUUCAAUUUCUGAAUUUUUCUACUGAAGCUAAUCAUGACUAUCUUGAAAUUCAAAAUGGACCUUUUCAUACCAGUCCUAUGAUUGGCCAGUUUAGUGGAACUGAUAUCCCUUCAGCCUUGCUAAGCACAACACAUGAAACACUCAUCCAUUUUUAUAGUGAUCAUUCACAAAACAGGCAAGGAUUUAAACUUGCUUAUCAAGCUUAUGAGUUACAAAAUUGCCCUGAUCCUCCACCAUUUCAAAAUGGGUAUAUGGUCAAUUCGGAUUAUAGUGUGGGACAAUCCAUUUCAUUUGAAUGCUAUCCUGGAUAUGUUCUAAUAGGCCAUCCUGUCCUUACCUGUCAGCAUGGGAUCAACAGAAAUUGGAAUUACCCCUUCCCACGAUGUGAUGCACCUUGUGGAUAUAAUGUAACCUCUCAAAAUGGCACAGUUUAUUCCCCAGGAUUUCCAGAUGAAUAUCCAAUUUUAAAGGACUGCAUAUGGCUUAUUACUGUUCCUCAGGGACAUGGAGUUUACAUCAACUUCACCUUGUUACAGACUGAAGCAGUGAAUGAUUACAUUGCAGUCUGGGAUGGUCCUGAUCAGAAUUCACCUCAGCUUGGCAUUUUCAGUGGUAAUACUGCCCUUGAGACAGCUUAUAGCUCCACCAAUCAAGUGCUCCUCAAGUUUCACAGUGACUUUUCAAAUGGAGGUUUCUUUGUCCUCAAUUUCCAUGCUUAUCAGCUGAAGAAGUGUCAGUCUCCACCAGCAGUUCCACAGGCUGAGAUACUCACUGAAGAUAAUGAUUUUGAAAUAGGGGAUUUUGUGAAGUAUCAGUGCCUUCCUGGUUACACACUGUCAGGAACUGAUAUAUUGACCUGUAAGCUCAGUGCUCAGUUGCAAUUUGAGGGAUCUCCCCCAACCUGUAAAGCUCAAUGCCCAGCAAAUGAAGUCCGCACUGAGUCAUCUGGAGUGAUUCUGAGUCCAGGAUAUCCAGGCAAUUACUUUAACUCCCAGACUUGCUCUUGGACCAUUAAAGUGGAAGUAGGCUAUAACAUCACUAUCUUUGUGGAAACAUUCCAGAGUGAGAAGCAGUUUGAUGUACUAGAAAUAUUUGAUGGUUCUUCUGGGCAAAGUCCUUUGUUAGUACUUUUAAGUGGAAAUCACACUGAACAAUCAAAUUAUACAAGCAAGAGUCACCAAUUAUAUUUUCGCUGGUCAACUGAUCAUGCAACGAGUAAGAAAGGAUUUAAGAUCCGUUACUCAGCUCCCUAUUGCAGUUUGACUCAGACCCUGAAGAAUGGAGGCAUUGUGAAUAGGACCAGGGGGCCAGUUGGAAGUCGGGUACAUUAUUUUUGCAAGCCUGGACAUAGAAUGAUUGGUCACAGUAAUGCAACUUGCAGACGCAACCCAAAUGGCAUGUAUCAAUGGGAUUCUCUCACUCCACUCUGCCAGGCUGUUUCCUGUGGCAUUCCAGAAUCUCCUGGAAAUGGAUCUUUUAUGGGUAAUGAGUUCACUUUGGACAGUAAAGUGAAUUAUGAAUGUAACGAAGGCUUCAGGCUAGAAUCUAGUCAACAAGGAACAGCAACUUGUCAAGAAGAUGGAUUGUGGAGUAACAAAGGAAAGCCGCCCACCUGUAAACCGGUGACUUGCCCUAGUAUUGAGACCCAACUUUCAGAGCAUGUUAUCUGGAGACUGGUCUCUGGGUCAGUGAAUGAGUACGGAGCUCAAGUCAUACUGAGUUGCAGCCCUGGUUAUUAUUUAGAUGGUCAAAGACUCAUACAGUGCCAAGCUAAUGGAACAUGGAGUGUAGGAGAUGAAAGGCCAAGUUGUAAGGUUAUCUCAUGUGGAGGCCUGUCUUUUCCACCAAAUGGUAAUAAGAUUGGAACAUUAACCAUAUAUGGAGCAACAGCCAUAUUUACCUGCAACACAGGAUACACUCUUGUUGGUUCACAUGUCAGAGAAUGCUUAGCAAAUGGACUUUGGAGUGGUACAGAAACUCGAUGUCUAGCUGGUCACUGUGGUUCUCCAGAUCCAAUUGUAAAUGGUCAUAUUAGUGGAGAUGGCUUCAGUUAUCGUGACACUGUGGUCUAUCAAUGUAAUCCUGGAUUUAGGCUUGUUGGAACAUCUGUCAGGAUAUGCCUGCAGGAUCACAAGUGGUCUGGACAGACUCCUGUCUGUGUCCCAAUCACAUGUGGACAUCCUGGCAACCCUGCUCAUGGACUGGACAAAUGGCAGUGAAUUCACUUGAAUGAUGUAGUAAACUUCACCUGCACCACAGGUUAUCUCCUUCAAGGUGCAGCAAGAGCCCAAUGUCGGAGUAAUGGCCAAUGGAAGCCUUUACCAAUUUGCAGAGUGGUGAACUGUUCUGAUCCAGGCUUUGUCGAAAAUGCCAUUCGUCAUGGACAACAAAAUUACCCUGAAAGCUUCAAGUAUGGGAUCAGUGUCAUGUACCAUUGCAAGAAGGGCUUUUACUUGCUGGGCUCCUCUGCCUUAACCUGCAAGGCAAAUGGUUUAUGGGAUAGAUCAUUACCCAAAUGUUUGUCUAUUUCGUGUGGACAUCCUGGUGUUCCUGCCAAUGCUAUCCUUACAGGAGAACAAUUUACGUAUGGAUCUAUAAUUCAUUAUUCUUGUACCGUGAGCCGAACUCUCAUAGGAAAUGCUACCAGAGUCUGCCAAGAAGACAGUCACUGGAGUGGAACCCUCCCACACUGUUCAGGAAAUAAUCCAGGGUUUUGUGAUGAUCCAGGAAUACCAGCUCAUGGCUCUAGGCUUGGGGAGGAAUUCAAGGUUAAAAGUCUUCUCCGUUUUUCCUGUGAAAUGGGUUACCAGUUGAGAGGCUCUCCUGAGAGAACAUGCUUGCUCAAUGGGUCUUGGUCUGGAGUACAGCCAGUGUGUGAGGCUGUGUCUUGUGGAAAUCCUGGCACCCCUGCCAAUGGCAUGAUAAUAAACAGUGAUGGAAUACUCUUCUCCAGCUCAGUGAUCUAUGCUUGUUGGGAAGGUUACAAGACUUCAGGGCUGACAACUCGCCAUUGCACAGCCAAUGGGACUUGGACUGGCACUGCUCCUGACUGUACAGUUAUAAGUUGUGGAGAUCCAGGUACCUUGGCAAAUGGCAUUCAGUUUGGAAAUGACUUUACCUUUAAUAAAACUGUGAGCUAUCAGUGUAAUCCAGGAUAUCUGAUGGAACCUGCUAGUGCUUCCAUAAUCCGAUGCACAAAAGAGAGCACUUGGAAUCAGAGUAAACCUGUCUGCAAAGCUGUAAUGUGUGGUCAGCCCCCUCAAGUCCAAUAUGGAAAAGUGGAAGGAACGGAUUACCGCUGGGGGGCCAGCAUAAGUUAUAGUUGUGCUGAGGGCUAUCAGCUUUCCAAUUCAGCAAUUCUUUCGUGUGAAGGACGGGGAGUGUGGAGAGGUGACGUUCCACAGUGCCUGCCUGUAUUUUGUGGUGAUCCUGGCACUCCUGCUGAGGGGAGGAUUAGUGGAAAAAGCUUCAUCUAUAGAUCUGAAGUCUCCUUCCAGUGCAAAUCUCCUUUUAUAUUGAUAGGCUCUUCAAGAAGAAUCUGCCAAGCAGAUGGCACUUGGAGUGGAAUACAGCCCACUUGUAUUGAUCCAGCUCACAAUACCUGUACAGAUCCUGGUACCCCACAUUUUGGAAUGCAGAACAGCUCUAGAGGUUAUGAGGUUGGAAGCACUGUCUUUUUCCGAUGCAGAAAGGGUUACCACAUUCAGGGCUCUACAACACGCUCUUGCCUUGCUAAUUUAACAUGGAGUGGCAUACAGACUGAAUGCAUUCCUCAUGCAUGCAGACAGCCAGAGACUCCAGCCCAUGCAGAUGUGAGAGCAAUAGAUCUUCCUACUUUUGGUUAUACUUUAGUAUAUACCUGUCAUCCCGGAUUUUUUCUCGCGGGUGGAUCUGAGCACCGGACAUGUAAACCAGAUAUGAAAUGGACAGGGAAAUCACCUGUUUGUAAAAGUAAAGGAGUGAGAGAAGUUAAUGAAACAGUUACUAAAACUCCAGUUCCUUCCGAUGUAUUUUUCAUCAACUCAGUGUGGAAAGGCUAUUAUGAGUAUUUAGGGAAAAGACACCCUGCAACUUUAACUGUGGACUGGUUCAACGCAACAAGUAGCAAAGUAAAUGCUACGUUUAUUGAAGGAUCUAACGUGGAGCUAAAACUUUCAGGUGUUUAUAAGAAGGAAGAAGCUCAUUUACUUCUGAAAGUUUUCCAGAUUAAAGGACCAGUGGAAAUUUUUGUAAGCAAGUUCGAAAAUGACAACUGGGGACUAGAUGGUUAUGUAUCAUCAGGGCUUGAAAGAGGGGGAUUUACCUUCCAAGGUGAUAUACAUGGGAAAGACUUUGGAAAAUUCAAGCUAGAAAGACAAGGUCCUUUAAGUAUAGAUCCUGAUUCUUCAAAUCACUAUUAUGGUACAAAUAGCAGUUCUGUUGCAGCUGCCAUUCUAGUUCCAUUCUUUGCGCUAAUUUUAUCAGGUUUUGCAUUUUACCUCUACAAACACAGAACAAGACCAAAAGUACAGUAUAAUGGCUAUGCUGGACAUGAAAACAGUAAUGGACAAGCUUCAUUUGAAAAUCCUAUGUAUGAUACAAACUUAAAACCCACAGAGGCAAAAGCUGUGAGGUUUGACACAACUCUGAACACAGUUUGUACAGUGGUAUAGCCUUCAGUGCCCCCAAAAUGACUGAUUCAUAGCCAUACCUCUGAUGGACAAGCAGUAAUUCCUUUGGUGCCAUAUACCACUCUCCCUUCUACUCUUGGCUUCGCUGCGGUAAUCUUGAACAUCUUCUCCUGGCAUAUACAUGCAGCUGAAAUUCCUAGUAAAAUGGGUCAGAGUCUUCUGGGGAUCAAAUCAAAGACACCAUCUUCAUUCUUGAAAGUGGAUUAAAAGUGCUUGGCUGCAUCUGCUUGAAAUCAAGGCACACUUAAGGAAGACUGCCAAGUCAUGCCAAUUUGUCAUACUUAAUGCCUCAGACUUUCAUAUUCAUAUGUGACUGGGAUGCCUUUCAAUGCAAUCUUUCGGGCACUUGGAUAUAUCCUUUGGGUGCCAUAACAAAACAAGAGCACCACAGUAUGUUUUUGGUUUGGUUUUGUUUUGUUUUAAUCCCCAUGAACAGAAAUGUUCUGAAGGAAAAAAAAAAAAGCUUCCCUAAAAGAGAAGAAAACUUUCUGGUAGAUGCACACACCUACAAAUGCUUUUUGAUGACAUCACUGAGAUGCUCUUGCAGUUGGACAAACUCACAGUAUGUCUCCAAUGUUCAUACAUAGGGCAGUCUGCAAAUUUCCCAGUCAGCUGUUGUAUUGCAGAAUUUUUGAUGCACAAUUUUUUGCACUAGUGUGUUCUGAAUGACUAAAAUUCUGAUACAAACUAUGUAUACAGGGUUUCUACACACUGUCCAUUGUAUAUAAGCAUUAUCUCACAUUGUCAAGCUCAGCAUUCCAUGGUCAGUUUUUUGUUGACCUGUUAGAAAAUAUUCCCCAGAUUUGGCACAGGUUUGAAAAGAAAUGUGAUACCGAAUAGAUUUUUGGGUUUACUUUUAUUCUGUUUUUUUUUGCUCCAUUUAUAUAGAUAAAACCAUUGGGCAUGUCAAGAAAGGGAGAAAAAAAGUCCACCUUCACUUCCAGUAUUUUUUCCCUUCUGAUUGUACCAUUGUCAGUCACUUAUUGUCAGUAUCAUCCUAUUUAACAGCAGGGGGGUUGGCAGCAAUUGCUGCCUGCCGUGUAAAAAUGUGAAUAGUAAUUUAUUUUAGAUAGCUCACAAAACCUGUGAGUUUUAGCUCACAAUACAGUCUUCCCUUUUACAUUACAGCCAUUCUUCCUUUUGACGGGGCAUCAUUUUUUGAUAUUGCAUGAAAGACAAUAUAGUCCACUAACACACAGAACCCAGUGGGAAUUGUCAGUAUCAAAAUACUAUUCAGUUUUUUUUGAGGGGAAAAAUGCAACACUGCUGACCUUGGUUCACAUAAUUUUCUUUAUUAACCACAUCUCUGCUUCAUGCUUUGUAAUCCCCCAGCUGAAAAGAAAAUAUAAUGAUUUUAAAAUCACAGGAAUCCAUGUACCUGAAUUAUGAAUUAAAGAAUAAAUAAUGCUUCUUAUGAAAUUCAAAGGGGACAGAACUACAACAUGAAGGCAGGGGGAAAAAUUAAAUGUGUGUAUGGGUCUGAAGUUCAAGAUGUUAAUUAGCAUUGAUUUUUAUAUUUUGAUAAAAUGAUUAUAAACUUUUAAGUUUUGUGUUAUUAAGUUCUUAACAUUUAAAUUUCACACACUGAAAAACCCCUUCCCUGAAUUCCUAAUUGAAAGUAAUGAAAAUGGAAAUAUUGUUUCUAAAUGGUCUUCUACUUGACAAGGGGUUUAUAGUCUAUUCAAUUCAACCAAGGUUUCUUAAGUACAUACUUUGUACAAUGCACAGUACUAGACCAUUAUCCGGGGAUUUAUUCUAAGAUUUUUUUAAAGUAUUAGUCCAUUAAAAGCAUAGCUCCAAGGUAUGAAAAUAAGGUUUGAAAAAAUGUCAAGGUUUAAAAAAAGGCAUUUUGCUUCAACACUUUCAGUCACAUGCUUUCAGUCAUAGGGCAUCUGAGUGCUAGCUCUUUAUUGAAAGGGCAUAUAAUUUUUAAGGAGACCAAGUAGAUCUCUUCCAGUUUUAUUUUUCAUUUCAGUUUUGCUGGUGAAAACUGUCAUGAAUACAAUGUAUUCUCUCAACAAAUGUCCGACUUGAUAGCACUUCUGGAGUCUGCGUCAUCUCUCAGUUUCUCUCAAUAAAAUGGACAAUGCCAAUAGGACAGAGUAUUGAAUGGCUGACCCAUAGAUUAAUAUCAGAACCUUUGGAUAGGGUUUGAAUUUUCUGUACAAGUGAGAACAAGGUUACCAUACACAUACACUCACUCAUAAACACACACAUACACAAAAACUCACAUUCACACACUAUGUAUAUACAUAUAUAUAAGAUGUAUAUAUCUAAGCUUGAGUCAUUCAAACCAGGUGCAAAAUGCUGACUUCAGAGCCUGAGUGGAUGCUUUCUGCUCCCACACUCCUGACUUGCUGGUUGAUAACAUAAAGGAAUCCUUAGAUGACAGGAGAUAGAU